UCCCCUCUCAUCCAUGCCUCGCACACCGCAGUGGACUGUAGCAACUGGGCUGGGAGGGGAAGGAGCAGAGGGGAUGAGCGGCGGCGGCGGCGCCGGAGUGCUGGGCGCCGGCUCGUCGUACCAGAGGUUCGUCCGCACCGCGCUGGAGCAGACCCGCCUCCGCACCGCCCUCACACCCCACCCCUCGCAGGAAAAGUUCAGGCUCAUACGAGCCAACGACGAUGCUGCUGUUUUGGACGCUCUCUCCUUCAGUGCCCCCAAGAUCAGACUGCUUCGCAGCUUGACAGUUGAGAAGAAAAACUCGGUUCAGGUUCUCGACUUUGCUGCUUUCUCUGAACCUGAAUACGAUCUUCCUAUAUUUUGUGCCAACGCUUUUACGACUCCUGCACAGAGUAUCGUUGUCUUGGACCUCAAUCCGCUAUACGAUAUAACUGAAGACAAGGAUUACAAAGAUAAAUACUACAGGAAUUUGAUGCCCCUUAUGCAGAAGUAUAGUGAGCUUCUGCCAUGGGGUGGCAAGAUUACGAGCGAAUCUCUGAGAUUCUUCUCUCCAAUCGUGAUCUGGACUAUAUUUGAGCCCACUGAACGCAACCAUCAUGUUCUAUAUUCAGCUUUGCUGGAUUACUAUAAGGUUUGGCUUCAGUUAACGGAUCAAGCAACUGAAGAGAAUGACACAACGAAAGUUGUUCGUAACAGAGAAGCGCAACAUAGAUAUCUCACAUGGAGGGCUGAAAAGGAUCCUGGGUUUCCACUUCUGAAGAAGUUGAUUGGUGAAAGCCAUGCCAAGGAUUUGGUGACGGAGUUCCUGUUCGAAGGAGUGUAUUCUCUUGGAAGUAAAUCUUUCCUGGACUAUUUCCCCGAGUACGCGCGUGACGACGGGACAGUAAACAAGAAGAGGAGUAUGAUCGGGAAAUCUUUCGAAGCUAGGCCUUGGGAUGCUACCGGAGAAUUCAUUGGUGGCAAGGAUGCAGGAUGAGAUCUUUAGCUGUAGGACCUGCUCGAGCAUCCUUCGGGUUUUCCUGAAUUCGCCAUGAGAAUUCAUCGGUGGUGAGGAUGCAUGAUGAGAUCUCUUGGAGUAAGAUCCACAUGGGCAUUCUUAGGGUUUUGCUGAGCUCCUAGCGACAAUCAGUAUCGCGACGCUCUUGCUUCUCAGGAUUCAUUUUUAACGUUCUUCGUUACACGCUGCCCGGGCUACUUUGUAUCCUUUGUAAUUUCAUCUGAAGGGUCUGUGUAGCUUAGACAAUGUGUGUAAUAUUUGAUUGGGUGCAAUGUCAAUAAUAACUUACACUGAUAUCAUAUACUGGUCAUCUA